GUUAAGAAAAUAACGAUUAAUUCUUCUUCGCGGUCGCCGUCUAUUAACUGGUUUUUUUAUAAAACACAUUUUUCGGUGUUUUGUAGUCGCCGCGACAUUAGUUUACCGCAGAAGACCUUUUUUACACAACGCAGACAUCGAAUAUAAUUUUUGACAUAUGUAUUUAUCCGGCUCGGAGUGAGAAAUUAGCAAGCCAUGGCGUUUCUCUACCGACGCAUGUCGAUGCUUUUAAAUAUAAUCCUUGCAUAUAUUUUCCUUUGUGCGAUAUGUGUGCAAGGAACUGUGAAACAAGAGUGGGCAGAAAUAGGUAAAAAUGUAUCUCUAGAGUGCACAUCUGAAAAUGAGGCAGUAUCUUGGAAGCUGGGAAACCAAACUAUUGAUAAGAACCAUACAAGAUAUAAAGUUAGAACAGAGCCAUUGAAUUCCAACGACGAUGGCAGUGGAAACAACGAAAAUCAAGAUUUCGCCAAGUACAAGAAUGUCCUGACGCUCCUUGAUGUUAAUAUAAAGGACUCGGGGAACUACACCUGCACAUCCCAAACGGGGCAAAACCAUUCGACUGAGUUCCAAGUUAAGCCAUACCUUCCAUCCAAAGUCUUGCAAAGUACCCCCGCCAAGAUCAAGAGGAAAAUCAAGCAGGAUGUCAUGUUGUAUUGCUUGAUUGAGAUGUACCCGCAAAAUGAGACGACGAAUAGAAACCUCAAGUGGCUAAAGGACGGCAGCCAGUUUGAGUUCCUGGACACCUUCUCAUCCAUCUCGAAGCUAAACGAUACACACUUAAACUUCACCUUGGAAUUCACGGAGGUGUACAAGAAAGAGAAUGGAACCUACAAGUGCACCGUCUUCGAUGACACCGGACUUGAGAUUACCGCCAAAGAGGUAACUCUUUUCGUAAUGGAAGUGCCACAAGUUAGCAUUGAUUUCGCCAAGGCAGUCGGUGCUAAUAAAAUAUACCUAAACUGGACCGUGAACGACGGCAACGAUCCAAUUCAGAAAUUCUUCAUCACUCUGCAGGAGGCUGGAACGCCGACUUUUACCUACCAUAAGGACUUUAUCAACGGCAGCCAUACAUCGUCUAUUUUGGACCAUUUUAAACCGAACACAACCUAUUUUUUAAGAAUCGUGGGAAAGAACUCGAUUGGCAAUGGCCAGCCCACCCAGUAUCAACAUGGAAUCACCACGCUUAGUUAUGAUCCCAUUUUUAUACCGAAAGUCGAGACCACCGGCAGCACGGCGUCCACGAUAACGAUUGGCUGGAAUCCCCCGCCGCCGGAUCUUAUUGAAUAUAUACAAUACUACGAACUGAUUGUCUCCGAAUCGGGCGACGUGCCCAAAGUGAUCGAAGAAGCCAUUUACCAGCAGAAUUCUCGAAACUUGCCAUACAUGUUUGAUAAGCUUAAGACCGCCACAGACUACGAAUUUAGGGUAAGGGCAUGUAGUGAUCUAACCAAGACUUGCGGACCAUGGUCCGAGAACGUGAACGGAACCACAAUGGACGGCGUGGCUACCAAACCCACCAACUUGAGCAUACAAUGUCAUCAUGACAACGUCACGAGAGGCAACUCCAUCUCCAUUAACUGGGACGUUCCCAAGACGCCAAACGGCAAGGUUGUGUCAUAUUUAAUACACUUGCUUGGCAACCCCAUGAGCACAGUGGAAAGAGAGAUGUGGGGACCGAAGAUUCGAAGGAUCGAUGAGCCCCAUCACAAGACCCUCUACGAAAGUGUUAGCCCCAACACAAACUACACAGUGACGGUGUCCGCCAUAACGCGGCACAAGAAGAACGGCGAACCGGCCACCGGAAGUUGUCAAAUGCCCGUUUCCACGCCGGAUGCCAUUGGCCGAACCAUGUGGUCGAAGGUGAAUCUGGACUCUAAGUACGUUCUCAAGUUGUACCUACCCAAGAUCAGCGAGCGAAAUGGGCCCAUAUGCUGCUAUAGAUUAUAUCUAGUUAGAAUUAACAAUGACAACAAGGAAUUGCCGGAUCCGGAGAAGUUAAACAUCGCCACAUAUCAGGAGGUUCACAGCGAUAAUGUCACUAGAAGUAGUGCAUAUAUAGCGGAGAUGAUCAGUAGCAAGUACUUUAGGCCGGAAAUAUUUUUGGGCGAUGCGAAGAGAUUCAGUGAAAACAACGAUAUAAUCCGCGACAAUGACGAAAUUUGCCGCAAAUGCCUAGAAGGUACUCCAUUUUUGAGGAAACCCGAAGUCACCCACAUACCCCCACUAGGUUCACUCUCAAAUUCCGAUGCUGAACUGCCCAUUUUGGCUGAGAAGGACAACUUGAUCAAAGGAGCAAACUUAACAGAGCAUGCUCUUAAAAUCUUAGAAAGUAAGUUACGAGAUAAAAGAAACGCGGUUACCAGCGAUGAGAAUCCAAUUCUAAGCGCCGUCAACCCAAAUGUGCCACUCCACGAUUCUAGUCGAGAUGUUUUCGAUGGUGAGAUAGAUAUUAACUCCAAUUAUACCGGAUUCCUAGAGAUUAUAGUUCGGGAUCGAAACAAUGCCCUGAUGGCUUAUAGCAAAUACUUUGAUAUAAUUACUCCGGCGACAGAAGCUGAACCUAUCCAAUCCUUGAAUAAUAUGGACUACUACCUAAGUAUUGGGGUCAAGGCUGGGGCCGUACUACUUGGUGUCCUACUUGUUUUUAUUGUGCUGUGGGUGUUCCAUCACAAGAAAACGAAGAACGAACUGCAGGGAGAAGACACUUUAACACUAAGAGAUUCCCUGAGCAGGGCUUUGUUCGGUCGCCGAAAUCACAACCAUAGUCAUUUUAUUACGUCCGGAAACCACAAAGGAUUCGACGCUGGCCCCAUUCACAGACUAGAUUUAGAAAACGCCUAUAAGAACCGCCAUAAGGACACCGAUUACGGAUUUCUUCGGGAAUACGAAAUGCUGCCAAAUCGCUUUAGCGAUCGGACAACUAAAAAUAGUGAUUUAAAGGAGAACGCCUGCAAGAACAGGUACCCCGAUAUUAAGGCCUACGAUCAAACGCGCGUGAAGUUGGCGGUCAUAAAUGGCCUACAAACUGCGGAUUACAUUAAUGCAAACUUCGUAAUUGGAUACAAGGAGAGAAAGAAGUUUAUUUGUGCACAGGGUCCAAUGGAGAGUACCAUCGACGAUUUUUGGCGAAUGAUUUGGGAACAACAUCUAGAAAUAAUUGUGAUGCUUACGAAUUUGGAGGAAUAUAACAAGGCCAAGUGUGCGAAAUAUUGGCCAGAAAAAGUAUUUGAUACAAAACAAUUCGGAGAUAUUUUAGUGAAAUUUGCACAAGAACGUAAGACUGGUGAUUAUAUUGAACGAACCCUGAACGUUUCCAAGAACAAAGCCAAUGUCGGCGAGGAGGAGGACCGUAGGCAAAUCACCCAAUACCACUACUUAACGUGGAAGGACUUUAUGGCACCGGAGCAUCCACAUGGCAUCAUCAAAUUCAUACGUCAAAUCAAUUCCGUCUACUCCCUGCAAAGGGGUCCAAUUUUAGUGCAUUGCAGUGCUGGUGUGGGUCGAACUGGAACCCUGGUGGCUUUAGAUUCCCUAAUCCAACAACUGGAGGAAGAAGACUCGGUGUCCAUUUACAACACAGUGUGUGAUUUACGACACCAACGAAAUUUUUUAGUCCAAUCUCUGAAACAAUACAUCUUUCUUUAUCGGGCUUUAUUAGAUACCGGAACUUUUGGAAACACGGAUAUUUGCAUUGAUACCAUGACUUCUGCAAUUGAAUCUCUCAAGCGCAAGCCCAAUGAGGGUAAAUGCAAAUUGGAAAUGGAAUUCGAGAAACUACUGGUCACUGCGGAUGAGAUAAGCAAAUCAUGUAGUGUGGGCGAAAACGAGGAAAAUAAUAUGAAGAACAGAAGUCAAGAGAUUAUACCCUACGAUCGUAACAGAGUAAUACUGACACCACUUCCAAUGCGGGAAAACUCGACCUAUAUUAACGCAUCAUUCAUAGAGGGCUAUGAUAAUAGCGAAACCUUUAUUAUUGCCCAGGAUCCACUUGAGAACACUAUAGGAGACUUCUGGAGAAUGAUCUCGGAACAGAGUGUCACCACCCUCGUCAUGAUAUCUGAAAUCGGAGAUGGUCCCAGAAAAUGCCCGCGAUACUGGGCGGAUGAUGAGGUUCAAUAUGACCACAUACUCGUGAAAUACGUGCACAGCGAAAGUUGUCCAUAUUAUACUCGCCGCGAAUUUUACGUUACGAAUUGCAAAAUAGAUGAUACGCUGAAAGUCACACAGUUUCAAUACAAUGGUUGGCCAACCGUGGACGGGGAAGUUCCUGAAGUCUGCCGUGGAAUUAUCGAACUUGUAGAUCAAGCGUACAACCAUUAUAAGAACAACAAAAAUUCUGGUUGUCGAUCUCCACUCACAGUUCAUUGCAGCCUGGGAACCGAUCGAAGUUCUAUUUUCGUCGCAAUGUGCAUUUUGGUCCAGCAUCUCAGGCUGGAGAAGUGUGUCGACAUCUGUGCCACAACAAGGAAAUUACGAUCUCAGCGAACGGGACUUAUCAACUCAUACGCACAAUACGAGUUCCUACAUCGCGCAAUAAUUAAUUAUUCAGACUUACAUCACAUAGCCGAGUCAACAUUGGAUUAAGUUAGAUAUGUAUAUACUUAUACGAGUACAUAAUGCAUGUGUUGGAACAUCAAUGCAUCAAAUGUGCUAUGAUAAAUUAUUUGUAUAUUUAAAAAACCUUUUAAUAAAGUAUUUACAAGGGCAAGCAUAAUUUUUUUAACGAAUUGUGCUUGCCCGACACAUAAUAUACAUACAAAUAUAAAUGUAGUGUAUACGUAUCGUAUUGAUAAAACUACCAAAGGAAAAUAAGUAACAUAUUUUAUAAGAUACAAUGUAAUAAAAACUGAGAAUAAGAAUUGUA